AUGUUUAUAGUAGUAAAAUGUGGUGAAUUGGAUGAAGUUGUCAUGCUCAUGUGGGAUGCUGCUGGCAGCAUAGUGGUUAAUUUUUUAGAUUUGAAAUCAAUUGAUGUUAUGGGAUUACCUUCUGAAAGUGAUUUGGUGGAUGUAGUGAACCAUAGAAAUGGCAACUAUGCUCCUAUCAGGGAUCAAGAGGACCCGAUAUUGGGAAUAUUUGACAAACCGCUUCCUUGCUUUGGUUGUGGAAUUGGAUGGUUUUCUCUUUUGCUUGGAUUUGUAUUUCCAGUGAUGUGGUACUAUGCUGCAUUUCUCUACUUUGGGAAGUAUUAUCAUAGAGACCCAAGGGAGCGAACUGGGCUCCAAGCUUCAGCAAUAGCUGCUUUGAUAUGUACAACUGCUGUGUUCAUAGUGGCGCAAGCCAGGAAAAUGUUGGCAUCAUGGCGUGUCCAGCUACUGAUACCUGAAGCAGUUUGGGCUUCUUUGUAA